CCAAAAGAACGGGAGUAUUACCGAAGAGACGACAAAACGGAUACCAGAAAAACAAAAAAUUUAGCAGCCGAAUCAUGACGCAGAAGAUCACAACAAACAUGUUGCUGGGGCUUCUGGUUUCCAGUGUCGCAAUCAAUUCCAACAACUGUUCCGUUCACGCCUUCACUGGAAUGAAAUCGCUUAGCAGAAAUUGUCGCGGCAGUAAUCUCGCGAGAUCGCCAUCGGUUGUUUUCAUGAGCGACGACAGAAGCAAAGACGACGAGAUUGCCAAGCUGGAGGAACAAUUGAGAAAACUCAAGGAGGAAAAGACGUCCGAAGAAACAGCGGUAGCGGCGACCACCACCACAACCAUAGAAGAAGAAGAAGAAGACGAAGAAAUGAUAUCCCUAGAGGAGGCCUCUAUGGAUAUGUUCCUGUCGGAGGGCUGGAAGGAAGCCCGGUCUAACUACGAUCCCAGCAACACGGCGACCAAGAAACGCCAAGAGGAGGAACAAGGCAAUUUGAUAGGAACRGUGGYAAAGUUAGCAGGAGGAAUCCUGGCGUUGGUGCUCUUUUCUCAGAUACCUGUCGGCCAAGAAGACUUGUCCAAGUAUUCCAGCAUCAAGUCGGGACCGGCAACGACCACCAUUGAUCUAGGCGAUACCAACAAGGUCAAGGGACAAACGAUGGGAGAUCUGUGAACGAACCUACAACAACUUAUAUUGCUUUAGCUAGUUGAGAAAUUCAAAUCAUCGUGUGAUGGGCUCUACGCCACCAUCCAACAAGGGCAAAAAGAGAGUCAGUCCGACAAAAAUCUGUGCGAAAUAAAAUUGAAUAUGAAGU